AACAUGGACUCUGAGAACUGGAAGCUGGAGCAAGAGUUGAACAAGCUGGAGCGGGAGAAGCAGAGCCUACUGGCCAAGCUGAAGAGUCAACAGAAGGACUACAACCGUCUGGACAAGCAGCAUCAGCAGUUGCGUCAGGACAACGCCUUGUUGAUACUCAAGGCCAACGACACUGAGGCACAGAGCCAGUACCUAUCCAGCGACCUGCUGAAGCUGCAGUCAGAGAACGGGCGCCUGCUGGUGCUGCUAAACCAGCGUGAGAAGGAGAUCAUACAUCUGAAAGGUCCGGACCAAGAUAUGCUUCACGAGAUCAAUAUGCUCAAGGAGGAGGUUACGCUUCUCCGGACACAGACUCGCCGGCAACAAGAAGAAAAGGCAAUGUUGAAAGGCAAAAGCCAGAAACUCGAGGCCAGUUUGGACGAUUCAUAUAAUCAGAAAAACAAACUGGCAGCUGAGAAAGAAAAGCUACAGGAGGAAAAUGAAGAU